CGUUAAACCUCACCAAAGAAGAAGAAAAUGCGCAACACAAACAUACAUUGGCUACUGCUAGACAGGUUGACAGUUGAAUUUUGAAGAAAGCAUACAGACUUUGAACAAUAAGUCUGAUUACGACAAGUGGAUUUUGCGAGAAGUUCAUCCGUUUAGGUGGGGAACUUUACUCUACAGAACAAGCAAACCAACCAAUCCAGGAAAUCGUGUGUUGCUGCUUGUUACCGGAAAAGAAGACGUCAUGCUGCCCUCAAAAGACAUCUGUUGGUCCUUGAUAAUAGGGAUGGUACAACUUGCCUACAUGGUUCUUCCUGUUCAAGGAAGGUCAUGUGGCCACCUAGGAGAAGUGACGAACGGCAAAUAUAUUCUCGAAGGCGUAGAGUUCGGUGCCAGAGCUGCUGUUACCUGUGACACUGGCUAUACACUUGUGGGCAGCGGUAUAAGGAACUGUUUGGCCGAAGGCUGGGAUGGCAGAGUUCCUGUAUGUGAAGUGGUGAAGUGUGGAAAGCCCCCCACCAUUGUCAACGGUGGACCUGUUAUCCCACCUGAAGACGAGUACAGCUAUAGAAGUGUUGUGGAAUAUAGCUGUGAGAAGGAAUUCACUCUGGUUGGAACUAAAUCCAUAGUCUGUGAAAAGGACGGAGAAUUCCAGCCAGCUCCACCUGAGUGUAAAAUGGUUUCAUGUCCUGCUCCUGUUGUUGAGAAUGGCGUUAGGAUUGAAGGUCGUUCACCCCCCUACAAGCACAAGUCUUAUGUCAUGUAUAAGUGCAAAGAUGGAUAUGAGAUGACGGGAGAGGCCAGUCUGACAUGUGAAAUAGGAGGCUGGUCAGCUUCUAUUCCCACAUGCAAAGUGGUGAAGUGUGGAAAGCCCCCCACCAUUGUCAACGGUGGACCUGUUAUCCCACCUGAAGACGAGUACAGCUAUAGAAGUGUUGUGGAAUAUAGCUGUGAGAAGGAAUUCACUCUGGUUGGAACUAAAUCCAUAGUCUGUGAAAAGGACGGAGAAUUCCAGCCAGCUCCACCUGAGUGUAAAAUGGUUUCAUGUCCUGCUCCUGUUGUUGAGAAUGGCGUUAGGAUUGAAGGUCGUUCACCCCCCUACAAGCACAAGUCUUAUGUCAUGUAUAAGUGCAAAGAUGGAUAUGAGAUGACGGGAGAGGCCAGUCUGACAUGUGAAAUAGGAGGCUGGUCAGCUUCUAUUCCCACAUGCAAAGUGGUGAAGUGUGGAAAGCCCCCCACCAUUGUCAACGGUGGACCUGUUAUCCCACCUGAAGACGAGUACAGCUAUAGAAGUGUUGUGGAAUAUAGCUGUGAGAAGGAAUUCACUCUGGUUGGAACUAAAUCCAUAGUCUGUGAAAAGGACGGAGAAUUCCAGCCAGCUCCACCUGAGUGUAAAAUGGUUUCAUGUCCUGCUCCUGUUGUUGAGAAUGGCGUUAGGAUUGAAGGUCGUUCACCCCCCUACAAGCACAAGUCUUAUGUCAUGUAUAAGUGCAAAGAUGGAUAUGAGAUGACGGGAGAGGCCAGUCUGACAUGUGAAAUAGGAGGCUGGUCAGCUUCUAUUCCCACAUGCAAAGUGGUGAAGUGUGGAAAGCCCCCCACCAUUGUCAACGGUGGACCUGUUAUCCCACCUGAAGACGAGUACAGCUAUAGAAGUGUUGUGGAAUAUAGCUGUGAGAAGGAAUUCACUCUGGUUGGAACUAAAUCCAUAGUCUGUGAAAAGGACGGAGAAUUCCAGCCAGCUCCACCUGAGUGUAAAAUGGUUUCAUGUCCUGCUCCUGUUGUUGAGAAUGGCGUUAGGAUUGAAGGUCGUUCACCCCCCUACAAGCACAAGUCUUAUGUCAUGUAUAAGUGCAAAGAUGGAUAUGAGAUGACGGGAGAGGCCAGUCUGACAUGUGAAAUAGGAGGCUGGUCAGCUUCUAUUCCCACAUGCAAAGUGGUGAAGUGUGGAAAGCCCCCCACCAUUGUCAACGGUGGACCUGUUAUCCCACCUGAAGACGAGUACAGCUAUAGAAGUGUUGUGGAAUAUAGCUGUGAGAAGGAAUUCACUCUGGUUGGAACUAAAUCCAUAGUCUGUGAAAAGGACGGAGAAUUCCAGCCAGCUCCACCUGAGUGUAAAAUGGUUUCAUGUCCUGCUCCUGUUGUUGAGAAUGGCGUUAGGAUUGAAGGUCGUUCACCCCCCUACAAGCACAAGUCUUAUGUCAUGUAUAAGUGCAAAGAUGGAUAUGAGAUGACGGGAGAGGCCAGUCUGACAUGUGAAAUAGGAGGCUGGUCAGCUUCUAUUCCCACAUGCAAAGUGGUGAAGUGUGGAAAGCCCCCCACCAUUGUCAACGGUGGACCUGUUAUCCCACCUGAAGACGAGUACAGCUAUAGAAGUGUUGUGGAAUAUAGCUGUGAGAAGGAAUUCACUCUGGUUGGAACUAAAUCCAUAGUCUGUGAAAAGGACGGAGAAUUCCAGCCAGCUCCACCUGAGUGUAAAAUGGUUUCAUGUCCUGCUCCUGUUGUUGAGAAUGGCGUUAGGAUUGAAGGUCGUUCGCCCCCCUACAAGCACAAGUCUUUUGUGACGUAUAAGUGCAACGAUGGAUAUGAGAUGACGGGAGAGGCCAGUCUGACAUGUGAAAUAGAAGGCUGGUCACCUUCUAUUCCCACAUGCAAAGUGGUGAAGUGUGGAAAGCCCCCCACCAUUGUCAACGGUGGACCUGUUAUCCCACCUGAAGACGAGUACAGCUAUAGAAGUGUUGUGGAAUAUAGCUGUGAGAAGGAAUUCACUCUGGUUGGAACUAAAUCCAUAGUCUGUGAAAAGGACGGAGAAUUCCAGCCAGCUCCACCUGAGUGUAAAAUGGUUUCAUGUCCUGCUCCUGAUGUUGAGAAUGGCGUUAGGAUUCAAGGUCGUUCGCCCCCCUACAAGCACAAGUCUUUUGUGACGUAUAAGUGCAACGAUGGAUAUGAGAUGACGGGAGAGGCCAGUCUGACAUGUGAAAUAGGAGGCUGGUCACCUUCUAUUCCCACAUGCAAAGUAACAGAUGCUGGUCCUGGUCCCACUGAUCCACCAGCGGCCUACAACCACACAUGGAAAAUAGUAGGGGGUGUUCUAGGUGGACUUGGCGUUGUUUGUAUUAUAGUAUUUAUAAUCUACAAAUAUACAGCAUGUGCCAGGACUUAUUUGCCCUAGUUUCCUCUUGCUUCCUUGAUAAGGGAGUCACAGUGAACAGGCUGCUGUGAUUUAAUGUAAUACCCUCCUGCUUAUGAAUGUAGUAGCCCCUCCCAAACACCGGGUUCAUAUCCUUUCGAAGGAAGUUCUAUUACGUGACGUUUAGAAACCUCAUGAUGAAGAAUGAAUUGGUUCAUUCCCAUUUGGAAGCUUGUGCUUAAUGAGUGGCCAAACCUGAUUAUUCAAUAACUAUUCAUGUUUCCAGUGUACUUCACAAAUAACAGUUUUGCCCGUUCUGAAAUGAAGGCAAUCAUAUCCAUUAAGAUGCCCAGCAAGACUCACAGUAUAGAUGCAUCAAGUGCUGUCAUUUCUAAACAGUAAAACAGAUUUGAAUGAAAAUACCCUCAAAUAAAUGUGGCAUUCUGUACUGUCGCCUCAUAUCAAACAUUUGAUCUAACCUGCUGGAGUAUAGAUCCUAAUUUAAUUUUUAUUUUCACUGACCAAAUAAAUACAUAGAGGAGUGUGUUUGACGCAACUUCUUAAUAUAAGUCAUGCCACUGAAGGUCAACAUAUUGGUUUGCUAGAGCAGGUUGCAGGUGUGUUGAAACACUCAUAUCCUGGAGCUCAAGAGCAAAGAUGGUUCAUUUGCUUUCACCAAGUUUAGCUCUAGUCAAUGAAUUUGAAAAGCUUGGUUUUACAAGGAGACCAUGCUUGAAACACUAAAGUAUACUUUUGAGUGUGUUUAGCUCUUUGAGGGAUCAAGGACUCUGGCUCAUGAUCCAGCUUUGGAAUCUUUAUUUGAACUUAUAGCCUAUUUGUAUUGUUCUACUGUAGAUAAGCCAAGGAAAGAUGCAUUUUUAAAAAGUAAAGACAUUUUGUUUUAAUAAAAAGGGAAAUAAAUGCCUGUAAUGUUCCAAUGUCUAUUUCCAGAGAUGAAUCAUGUUUGAGACUUUUUCCCCUGUAAACUGUUCUUGAAUGUGUCACAUUGAAUGUGUGAGAUUCAUUAUGGCAACUGGCUGAAGUAUAUUGAGCAAAUGUAUUGGAGAUCUGCUAUUCAACCACUUCCAAUUUAACAUCCACCGUACCUGACAGCUGAAUUGCUGCCUUUCAGUAAAUGCAAAUCUCUUGCUAUAAGACCACUGGGCCAUGGUGUUCUAGGAGGAAGCCUGCAGCUCUCACUAAUAUGAGGCUAAAAUGAAUCAGUUUUUGUCACAUGCACAGAAUAGCGCGUGUAACAGUAGUAGAAUGCUUACUUCCUCAACAGUGCAGAGUAAAUAUAAAGUAGAAAAACUCACUAUACAAAGUAGAUGAAUCAGCACAGUGAAUUUUGAAUGUUAAGAGUUUUAGAUUAUUUACUUUGCCUUAUCAAUGGAAAAGACAAAACAUUCUGCAGUUAUAUCCCACUCCCCUCCUUUAUUCCAUUGCUUGGUCAUCUCAUAGUGGUGGUCUUUACAGCUUCUUUUUUUGUUGUUGAUGAAAAUGCUAUUUAAUUUCUAAUGUAUUUCGUGGGAUCUAAUCAAGUGGUUGCUUCAUAUGAACCCAUGUUGUUAUUUAGUAGAGCACAAUGUUAGGUGAAUAUAAAAGUAGGUUUGAUCUUAUUCUGAUCAAUGUACCCUACUAAAUAAACAGCAGUGUUAAAUGUAAAACAGCAUGUUUUCCAGAUGGAAUGAAAAUACGUGUUCCAAAAGGUCGUCUUUCAUUAUAUCUAAGACAACUAUCGAACAGGAGCAAUUUUAAUGAAUAAAAUGAAGUAUUAAUGUGUGUUUAAGUAUAAUGUAGAUCUCACCACUGACUCUAAAUGCUCUACUUACUCUACGUCUGUGUCUAUAACCAGUUUUAUUAUCAGUGUGGAACCACUUAAUGUAUGUUGUGGUCAGCCAAUUAUGAAUGUUUUUUCUUCUUCACAUGUUUGAUUUAAUGUACCAAUCAAUUAAACAUCGCUAAUUUAUACAUGAA